UCUAAUAAUGUUGAUAUGAUUUGUGGGUGCAUAGAAACUGGGAGUGACUGGCAUAACGCUUGGUAUUCUACUCGUAAGACUUCUUUCACUUCCGAAGAGGAUAGUUUGAAUUUUUUGAGUUUGCGGGAAGGUUGUUUGAUGUCAGCCAAGACCAGCUCUUUAAUGGGAGAGCUGAGAGUCGAGUCUGGUGAGGACUGUGAAGAACUCGAAGAGCCGAGAAUUGAUAGAAGGUCGAGAGCAGAGUUGAAAAUAUCUUGCAAUGAGUUGAUGCCCUCCAAGGGCGGGUCUGAAGAAUUGGAAUCGGGCAUGGUUGGGAACAGGUUUAGGUGGGAGGCUGGGAAGUCAUUCCUUGUUCCUGUCUCCCUAGUCGCCGUCCAUUGCUCUAGCUGGCAUGCUUCUGGUCAGCACCUGAUGGAUGCAAGUGAUGCAUCCAUCAAAAGGCAACUUCUGGAAAUCCAGGAUGCCUUACUUGAUGCCUAUGGCAAAGGGCCAGAAGAAUUAUUGGUCUUCUUAAAGACUUGGACUGACCUUAAAGACCGCUUGAUUGCGGCUGCUUCCGCUAAAUUAUUAUCUACCGAAACUCUACAACUUGCAGCUGAU